CGAGCGAGGUCGUCUUCGUUGUGUUGUUAUUUUUUCUAUAGUUUGUCAAAAUGUGGGUACCGUCGGAAUUGACCACGAUCAACGUUCUGAUCAACAUACUGGGAAAUUUUAUCACCUCGGACUACAGAAGCCACAUCGAGAUCCACGAGAACGUGAGAGUAGUGGAGAAUCGAUUGGCCAACGCGAAGAGUUACGAAUUUUCCACGUACGCCGUCGAGGCUGUGAAAGCUUUGGCGCACAAUCGGUUUCCAGAAAAUUUCUUAUUCGGUGCCGCCACAGGUCGGAUCGAGGGAGAUUACGAUUCUCAAGGCAGAGGAAAAUCGACGUGGAAUUAUUGGACUAAAGAUAAGAGAGAUGAGCCGGCGUGUAAAUCGUUGGAAAAGCACCGAGACGACGCGCGUCUUGUUAAAAACUUGGGGGCCAACAGCUACCGAAUCUCGUUAUCCUGGACUCGAAUCAUGCCGGACGCUCUAUCUCGACGCGUCAGCGUCGAAGGCGUUGCUUAUUACAAUCGCCUCUUCAACGACCUGCUGUCGAACGGAAUCGAACCUCUCGUGACGUUGCACGGCUUCGGAGACGUGCCGCACAAGCUGCAACCGAUCGGCGGCUGGACCAAUCCGAAGAUGAUCGACCACUUCGUGGAUUUCGCGCGCGUCGCCUUCACCGCGUUCGGCGACCGAGUAAAGUAUUGGAUAAGCAUAAACGACCCGUGGGCGGUAUGCAGCAGCGCGACGACGACCUCCAACUUGGAGCAGCAGCAGCAGCUACUAUUGCGACUCGGCAAUUAUCUAUGCGGACAUCACGUACUGCUGGCUCACGCCAAGGUUUAUCAAAUUUAUCGUCAUGAGUUUCAAAAGAAGCAAAACGGAAAAAUCGGUAUGAGUCUGAAGGUUCGUUGGUUCGAGCCCUACGACCCGGCCUCGUACAAAGACAUCGAAGCCGCCGAGAUGAGCUACAUCUUCGCCAAUUAUUGGUUCGUCAAUCCGUUGCUCGGUGAGAGGGGCAAUUAUCACGAGGUGAUGCGGUUCAAGGUCGGCAUGAGGAGCGCCAUGAGAGGUCUGAAGAGAUCGCGACUGCCCGAAUUCACCGACGAGGAGGUCAGGAUGAUCCGGGGCAGUCUCGACUUUUUGGGGAUCGAUUACUUUCGGACUCGGGAGGCGAGAUACUCGUCGUCGAAGGAGAGCGACUUGGGCGCCGCUUGGUUGACCCGGCUGAAGGAAGACAUCGUAGCCGACGCGAAGAAUUUCGAAAAGUCGCUUGAGCGUUUGAACGCCGAUUACAUCUUGCCGCAGCUGAUCGUUACGGCCACGGGUUACGGAGAUUCGGGCGGUACAAACGACCUGGAUAGAACCGUCUAUUACUACGAACAUUUGAGCAAGCUACUAACGUGUUUGAAGUCCGGCAUCGACGUUCGCGGAUAUCUGGCCUGGUCGCUUAUGGACAGCAGCUCCGCACGGAUGAAUAGCUACAGCAAACGCAACUUGCACUACGGCCUGUAUUCGGUGGAUUACAACAAUGCCAACUGCACCAAGACUGAAAAAUCAUCGGCCAAGCUAAUCAGAAAUAUUUACAAGACAAAGGCGAUGCCUCGACUCGCGCGGCAAUGACCAAUGUCAAAGCCGCCCGAGGCAGUAAAUUGGUGUAGCGGUAAUAAUAAUAAAAAAAUCAAUAAAAGCUCAACCUUUUUCGCAUCGUA